GCCGCCGCGCCCCUGCGGGAGAUGGAACAGCGGAACCGGCUCGGCGCCCUCGGAUACCUGCCGCCUCUGCUGCUGCACGCCCUGCUGCUCUACGUGGCCGACGCUACGUUCACCGAAGUCCCCAAAGAUGUGACAGUACGGGAGGGAGACGACAUCGAAAUGCCCUGCGCGUUCCGGGCCAGUGGAGCCACCUCAUAUUCGCUGGAGAUUCAGUGGUGGUAUCUCAAGGAGCCGCCGCGGGAGCUGCUGCACGAGCUGGCGCUCAGCGUGCCCGGCGCCCGGAGCAAGGUAACAAAUAAGGAUGCAACUAAAAUCAGCACGGUGCGCGUCCAGGGCAAUGACAUCUCGCACCGGCUUCGGCUGUCGGCCGUGCGCCUGCAGGACGAGGGCGUGUACGAGUGCCGCGUGUCGGACUACAGCGACGACGACACGCAGGAGCACAAGGCCCAGGCGCUGCUGCGCGUGCUCUCGCGCUUCGCGCCGCCCAACAUGCAGGCUGCCGAGGCUGUGUCGCACAUCCAGAGCAGCGGUCCACGGCGCCACGGCGCCGCCCACCCCAACCACGCGGGCACCGCGGGCCGCACCACCUCUGAGCCCGGCCAAAGCGACAAGAGCCAGCUGCCUGGGAGCCCUCCUGCCGCCCACGGACCCGAAGUCCCCGAGGCCGCUGCCGCCUCCGUGGCCCACACGGCCACCACCACUGUGGCGGCUGCAGCCGCGGCUUCGUCGGCGUCUCCGCCACCCCGCCGGGCGGUGCUUCUGCGCCAGAGACACGGCUCAGGCACUGGCCCUAGCUCUGCCACAGACCCGCUCCUGUCCCUGCUCCUGUUAGCACUGCAUAAGCUCCUUCGCCUGCUGCUGGGGCACUGACAGUCAUGGCAACCUGAGCACCUCAGCAGGCACACUCCUGCCUGCACACCAGAGAGGACCACAUGGCCAGGCAGACACACAGAGACUGAGAAGCAUGAAGAAGUACACACAGAAAAUAAAUAAAUCAUAUUUUUGAGGAAGUCACGCAAACGUAGAACAGCUAAAAUAAUGCAUCUAGUUUCCAAAUAAGAUGGAGUUUGGACCAUGCAAUAAGCAUGGGGUCAAUGAUUUCUCUACUUCAAUGUAUUUUUCUUUUCUACACUUUCCUUCCAAGUCUUCAUGUUGCACGAACUGUUGAGCAGUUAUCUUUAGGAUAAUAUGUAAAAAAUGUUGGGUCAAAGCCUUUCUGACAAAGCAAAAUAUUUUUAGUAGAUUAAUGUGUUUAGGAUUUUUUUUAUUUACUUUUCCUUUGGGGGGUUUUCUUUUUUAUUAAAUUAUUUCUUUUGAGACAUUUUGAUUAAAAAAGGCACAUCAUAAUUAAAAUUCACUGUCAAUAAUAUUUAUUUUUAAAUAAAGAUUGGAAACAAGGUCAGACACUUGUUUAUAAACUGUAUUGUAUAUUGCUGAAUAACAGUUGAAUAAAAAAACAACUUUGAAAUAAC